AUGUGGGGGUUACCAGUGAUCCCUUUGCUGAUUAACUUUUGUGGUGCUCUCCUGGGGUUCGUGGCUACCCUGACACUGAUCCCAGCUUUCAAGGAUCAUUUCAUUGCUGCCAAGCUCUUCGGGAUAGACUUGAACAAAACUUCUAAACAGCCCAUUCCUGAAUCCCAGGGUGUGAUCAGUGGGGCUGUGUUCUUGAUCAUCCUUUUCUGCUUUAUUCCUGUGCCCUUUCUGAGCUGUUUUGUAGAGGAGCAGUGCAAGGCAUUUCCACACCAUGAGUUUGUGGAGUUCAUUGGUUCCCUUCUUGCCAUCUGCUGCAUGAUCUUCCUGGGCUUUGCGGAUGAUGUUCUGAACCUGCGCUGGCGACACAAGCUGCUACUUCCUACCAUGGCCUCCCUUCCUCUGCUUAUGGUUUACUUCACUAACUUUGGGAACACAACUAUUGUGGUACCCAAGCCCUUCCGGGUGUUGUUGGGGAUGCACUUGGACCUGGGUAUCCUGUACUAUGUGUACAUGGGCAUGCUAGCAGUGUUUUGCACCAACGCCAUCAACAUUCUUGCUGGAAUUAAUGGGCUUGAGGCAGGACAGUCUCUGGUGAUAGCUGCUUCCAUCAUCACAUUCAAUGUUGUUGAAUUAAAUGGAGAUUAUAGAGAUGACCACAUUUUUUCUCUCUACUUCAUGAUUCCCUUUUUCUUUACUACUCUGGGGCUGCUUUACCACAACUGGUAUCCAUCCAGCGUGUUUGUAGGUGACACCUUCUGCUAUUUUGCUGGUAUGACGUUUGCUGUGGUGGGGAUCCUUGGGCACUUCAGUAAGACAAUGCUUCUCUUCUUCAUCCCACAAGUACUCAACUUCCUCUACUCUUUGCCUCAGCUCUUCCACAUCAUUCCUUGUCCCCGUCAUCGGCUGCCCAGGCUCAAUCCUGGUACAGGGAAGCUGGAGAUGAGCUACUCCAAAUUCAGAACCAAAAGUCUUUCAGCACUGGGAAAGUAUAUUCUAAAGGUAUCAGAGACCUUACAAAUAGUGGAUGUGAGACAGGAAUUGGAUGAAGAUGAAGAAUACACAGAGUGCAAUAACAUGACACUCAUUAACUUUGUUAUAAAGCUUAUUGGACCAGCUCCAGAGCAAACCCUCACUGUCCUGCUGCUGCUUAUCCAGGUAGUGGGCAGUACCAUUGCAUUUUUGAUCCGGUACCAGCUAGUACGCUUGUUCUAUGAUGUUUGACUUAGCUGCCAGGGGUAAGAGAAAUGCCAGCACCUCCUGAUGAUCCACCUUUUACUUUCUGUGGUUCCCCUCCAAAUGGCUGCAGUGAUCCCGCUUUGUCUCUGUGAAUCACAAGACCCCUUUCCAGAUGUGAGUAAAGACUCUUACACUGGCCUCUCUGCUGAAUUUUUUUUGUCCUGUGCUUUGGUUGCGCACAGAAGUAAUUUGUCUGAUACUGGUGUUAAUGUCCCAUGAGCAUCACGGGCCUGUGGACAUAUUAGCAUUACUGGGAAUAACCAGCACAAGGAAGAUUUGCAAAUAUGACUUGAAUCUUUUGUCUAGGGAGCUGGGAAAGGAGCUGGGGAGGAAGAGGACCUAGGCACCCCUGCCCUCCCUUGCCCCUAAUAUAUUUUUGUUUUCUCAUUCAAAUGAUUUAUUAUUGAGGUACAGUAUGUUUCCCCUAGCAUCCUGCUUUACAUAAUUACUGUCUCUCCAUUGCCAUCACUUUGCUCGCAGGGCAGGUACGCCAACAGUUCCAGCCAAUGACCACUCUGCAGGCUCUGAGGGGAAGGCUGAAUGGGGGAAUGAAUUUACCAGCUGGCGUUCAAGCCCUGGUCUCACUGUCCCUGCUGCCCAAGCACUGCCAGGGGCUGUUCACAGGGCAGACAAAGAGCGUGGGCGUGUCCACCCUGGGGGAAGGCGGAGCAGGGCUCAGCAGAAAAGGGCUAAGGCUGCUACUACCCAGCCUAGGGAGAAGGGGCUGGGGAAGCAACGAGAAAGAGGCUCCUCUGUUCCGUUAUUGGUGCCUUGGCCUCUGUGCCUCCUUUGAAUUUGGCGCCCUGCCUUCUGAUUGGCUUAUUUUAGCAGCCAAUAAACGCGUAAAACUUUGCCGGCUCGUGAGGCUAACCAAUCCGAGGGAGACAUUCGUCUGGGCUGCCCACCAAUGGCAGAGCGCAGCGUCACUGGGCAGGGGGCUGGGUCUGGCUCUCCGCCGGAGACUAUAGCCACAUAUAUCUUUUUGUAAUAAAAAGCGAGCGGGUGGAGGGUCGGCUCAAGGCGAGCGCGCUUCACCUCGCCACCAGGCAGCAGUUCCGGCUCUGGCGCUAGAGCCUGGGCGUAGCUCUGUGAGCGGGUCGCUGAGCCGCGUGCUUCGCUCCCACUUUCACGCGCCAUGUCCGGCCGCGGUAAGAGCGGCGGCAAGGCCCGGGCUAAGGCUAAAUCUCGCUCGUCCCGCGCGGGCCUGCAGUUCCCCGUGGGGCGCGUGCACCGGCUGCUGCGGCGCGGUCACUACGCGGAGCGGGUGGGCGCGGGCGCCCCGGUGUACCUGGCCGCCGUGCUCGAGUACCUGACGGCGGAGAUCCUAGAGUUGGCGGGCAACGCGGCGCGGGAUAACAAGAAGACGCGCAUUAUCCCGCGGCACCUGCAGCUCGCGGUGCGCAACGACGAAGAGCUCAACAAGCUGCUGGGCGGUGUCACCAUCGCGCAGGGCGGUGUCCUGCCCAACAUCCAGGCCGUGCUGCUGCCCAAGAAGGCGGGCGGCGGCGGAGCCGGGCCGGCCAAGAGCGGCAAGAAGGGCAGCAGCCAGCAGUCCCAGGAGUACUAGGGCCGGCCACGCGCCGCCGGCGGAGACUCACCCCCCCCACCCCCCAAGACCCCUUUCAGGGCCGCCCCCCAGGGCUCAGCCGAAGGAGCUGCGGAUCCGUAGGCUGCUCGAGCCAUCAGCGGGCUCCUGGGCGGGGAGAGCGCGAGCCCCCCCGCGCCUCAAGCGGGGUUGAAGGAGUCAGGCUUUCCCGCCCUCGCACGGCGCCGGGGGGUGGGGGGGAGGAGAAUUAGAGGCGUAACAGCCGCGGCGUGGAAGACUCCCUUGGGUGCGAGUGGGGAAGCUACGAAUAGCGAGGAGCCCCGGUUUAGGCCCCCUACCGCUGCGCACGUGCCUGGGGCAGCGCAUAGCUCCAGCUUUAACAGUAAACUCAGCUGCUACCCCGAACCCUAUCGUUUUGCCCCAUCGGGUGAAGCUGCUGUGUGCAAAGCCCUAAUGGCAGAGGAAGCUGCCGCGGGGUCUCUUUUGCUCUGCAAUGGCAUGGUCCACCCCUGAUACCCAUUUGACUCCUGUCUACCUGAGAUGUUUCAACAUUAGCAAUGCAAAGACUCGUGCAAGCGGUAUCCACGUUUACAGCUUGAAGUGUCGCCCCCUGAGCUUUGCUGCUCCUGGAUCCUCUAAGUAACUUCAUAUGGUACCGACAGAGAACUGGAAAAAAAAACAUAUCAGAAUGCAGCUGUAGAACUAAGUGCACCACUGUAUGAAUUGCCUGAAAAGUGUGGUUUUUUUGGUUUUUUUUUUUUUUUUUUUUGGAGUUCCUUGCUGUUUAAUUACCUGUUUUAACUGCUCUGAAAAAUUGUAUAUCUACAUAUCUUGUUUUUAAGACAGAGGGCAUCUUUUGCAUCAGGUCAUGCACAACAAUCCAAAACAUUGUAAACUAACAAGCUCUCAGCCUCUUGAAUGGAAGAAGGCUUUCACUUAUCUCAGCGGUUGUGUGACUUUAUUGAUGUGCUGUACAAUUUUGUCUACAAUGUUACAAUUAUUUACUAGUUUGAUUCUGCAGUGACACUAUACUUUGUUUGACCUGUUUCAACAGACAGCAUCUGCAACCAGAAGCUCAGUACAGCCACUGCAGGAUCAAACCAGAGAAAAUUCUAGGCUUCGUACAAACUUGUAGUUAACAAAACAGCAACCAUUUCUCUUUCAGCUGUGUCCUUUCACUGGACGCUGCUAAAUCUGUUGUAGUAGCCUUUGUAACUUCCUGUACAUCCCAGAAAAUGUAGAUAUUGUGUAAUAAAAUACAGGGUGACUUGCUA